GUGAAGUGGACUGUAGUAUUUUUUCUUUUAAAAUGGAAACAUAAUUAAUAAAGUGAGAAUAUGAUAGCAGCCAUGUUGAGUAUAUUAUUUUGGUGUCCGGUGCUCGCCGCGGUGCAGACUUUGACCAUAGACUCGCAGCUCGGGACUUCAAUUGAAGACUGCUUCGACCGCAUAUCGAUCGGCGAGCAACUCUCGCCGGACGCCAUCUAUCGGAACAUUACGGAACUAACGACGCACGAGUGCGAGACGCUCUGCAAGCAGGACAAGCAAUGCCAGACCUUCGAUUACGGGGUUGGCGCUAAAGGCAACGCAACCUGCAACCUCAGCACCCUCAGCGACUCAGACCUUCGAGUCCAGAACCUGAUCCAGCGCCACCCUGACUACGACAUCUACGUCCGCAGGGUCCUUUGCGAGCAGAUGGCCCCCUCCCCCCUCCAACCCCAGUUCGAUGAAGAAAACCCCCCACUCCACCGCCCCAUCUUCCGCCCAGAUGAAGAAGAACCCAAAAACCCCCUAUCAGAUGACUUCCAGGACUUAAGGCCUUUUGAAACGAGACCGAACUCCAGACCGCCAAGACCUAACUAUAUAGACAACGAUAGACCUGAUGAUUACAAUUCAAAACCGAAUUUAGAUAACCCUCCUAGCUACGGAGCGCACAGGCCUCCUGAAAUACCGUACAGACCAAUCAGACCUUUAAGACCUUACCCUGAACCUAUCCAACCUAAUCCGUAUAUGCCUGAGAGACCAUGGUUACGACCAGAUGACCCAUAUAGACCACAACGACCAAGACCAGAUGUUCCGUACGGUCCUGAAAAACCUUUAAGGCCAGAGGAUUACAGACCAAUAAGACCGAAUGACCCAUAUGGAUCUGAUCUAAGACCUGAUGAUCCUUACAAGCCGGAUAGACCAUUGAGACCUGAUCCUUAUAGACCUGAAAGACCAGGCUCAUAUAGACCUGAUGAACCAUACAGACCUAGUUAUAAUAGGCCUUAUAACCAUUCGCGUCCAAAACCGGAUCCUUAUGAUGAGCUGCAGUUCCAAGGGGGCUACGGAAGACCAAAACCAGACCCAGGUCUUUGGAGACCAGACCCUAUCUACCCGCCUUCACCUAACGAUGAUGUUCCUGACUUAUACGGACCUAAGCCAGUAAGACCUGAGAGACCUCCAUAUAAACCCGAAGAUCCUGAAUAUCACUACAUUGUCAGACCAAAUAAAAAACCAAGACCUCAACAUGAUUAUAAUAAACCUUCUGAAGACCCAUAUAAACCCAAUAAACCUGAGUAUGAAUCAAACAGACCUGACCUUUACUCACCACAUAAACCUGAUCCAAUUGAAGAUACUGGCUACGGCAAUAAACCAAUUCAAGAUUAUCCAACAAAACCAAAUGAUGGGUACAAACCUAAACCAGACCCAUACGGUCCUGGGCCAAUUGGACCACCAGACAGACCUUACAGGCCAAACAGACCUUAUUAUGACUACCCAUCAAGACCUAGUGAAAAACCUAGCUACAGUUACAACAGUCAAUAUGCUAGUGGUUACGGUCAGAGUCAAGACAAUUCUAUUCAUUUAGAAAUAUAUGACCCUCCAAGACCUUAUAAGCCAAUGAGACCUUUAAAUGACAAGCCAUAUCCAGGUCAAGGUUAUGGUCAAAAUUAUGGCUACGGGAGCUACUCUGGUCAUCAUUCUUAUGCGCCACCUUCUAACAGUCACUUAGGAUAUGGUCCUGUAGAAUCAGGUUUGUAUGGUCAGAAUUAUAACAGACCUGGAGACGAAAGACCUGACCGACCUUACGGUCAAAGUUCUUACGGGAGUCAGAAUUUUGACCACUCUAGUGAUUAUGGUCAUCAAAAACCUCAAAAUUCUAAACCAUCUUAUGGUAUUCAAAGUUCUUAUGUUCAAAACUAUUUUACUGGUGACCAUGGUGGGUCAAGCUAUGGUGGCAAUCGACCAUCUUAUGAUCAAGAUGACAAACCCUAUGGUGUCAAUGAUAGACCUUCGUAUACCAGUCCUAAACCUUCUUAUGGUAUAAGUCAUGAUAGACCCUCUUAUAGUACUCAAAGACCUCCUUAUGGAGAUACUCCAGAAAAACCAUCCUAUGGAGCUCCGACAUCAUCUUAUGGGAAUCAAGACCCGAACAGACCGGACGCAAAUGAGAAACCUUAUGGGGAUAACCAGAAUGGUCAAAGUGAUUAUAAGCCCAAUCAGAAGCCUAAUGAGACCUAUAGACCUGAUGUUAGACCGGUUUAUGAAUAUGAACUAGAAAAACCUGGUAAUGUUCCUAGUUACAUUGUGAAACCUAACGGUGAUGUGAUUACUUCAAGACCUGUGACUGUAGGUGAUUAUGGGAAACCAGAGUAUGAGAGACCGGGGUAUGGGGAUUCAAGCUACGAGGAUAAGCCAGGAUAUGGGAAACCAGGUUAUGGCUAUGGGGAAAAACCAGGAUAUGGAGAAAAACCACAGUAUGGUGGGUAUGGAGACAAGCCAGCAUAUGACAGGCCAUCGUAUGGAGGUGGUAAUAGUUAUGGGUCUAAACCAGGGUAUGGGGAUAAACCUGAGUACGAAAUACCAGAGUAUGGUGACAAGCCUGCAUAUAAUAGACCUACGUAUGGAAGUGGAGAUGGUAAUAGACCUGGGUAUGUGUCUAAGCCAGGGUAUGGUGAUAAACCUGGAUCUGAUAGACCAGAGUAUGGAGCUAAGCCAGAAUAUGGUGGUGGAGACGAUAAUGGACCUGGAUAUGGCUCCAAACCAGGGUAUGGGGAGAAACCUGGAUACGAUACAGAAAAUGGAGAUAGACCGGGGUAUGGGGGAGGGGAUGGUAACAGACCAGGGUAUGGGGAUGCAGGAUACAGGGAUCCAGGGAAGCUGGGCAGUUAUAAAGGAUGUUAUCUGUGUGCGUGUGUGUGUAACAUGCGUGUGCUGAUGCUGUUUGUGUGCCUGUGUGCGCAGGCUAUUGGAUCCAGGGUGAUACUGGUUGAAAAUGCUCCAACCUGCUUCCGAAGAGUCCUGGCCGGCCGCCGCGCUGUCCGCAGUCACGUCCGAAGAGUCGUGCACUGUGAGAGGCUUGAAGACUGUAGGAGGGAGUGCGCUGAAGAAAGGAGGUUCCAUUGCGAGAGCUUCAACUACAGAUUGGACCCCUCCUUCCGCGGCAAAGGCCUGUGCGAGCUGAUGACAAAGCCCAUCGAGGCCUUCGACCAUCGCCGGGACUUUGUUGAUGAUAAGAACUACGACUUUUAUGAGAUAGACCGGAACAGCUUGGAGCCGAACUGCCCAGAGUCUCUAACGGGACCAGGUCUUCUUCACUCCGGUUACCUCUCCUCAAAACCCUCGCAGCCUGCAGCUUCCUGGGCCCCAAGUUGGGACAGGCUGGACUUCCACGGCUCCAGCCACCAGGACAGGUUCUAUGACGACCGCCAACCAGGACGUCCGGGACGUCCGGGACACAGGAGAUAUGAGGAUCCGUUCUACAUCCCAUAUCAGAUUGGCGUAGGCCGUAGCAACGACGACCAGGCAUGGGGCCAGUACGGCGGCGUGUACGGUGGCGACACCUAUUACAAGAAUCGGAACGACUAUCACAAGUCCAUCAACUAUUGGCGACUGUCCACCGAUUCGGAUCUUGAACAAGGCGUCAGACCCUGGGGCUUCAAAACCGACUUCAACUACAACGACCUCCGAAGAGACGGAGACGACGUGAUACAUCCUUACUCCUAUGGCUCCUGGAAAAGGGGAAGGUGGAACAAUUCGGGUACCAGGAAUAGACUGGAUUAUGGGGAGUCCAACUUCUAUAAGCCGAGUUAUGGACCUCCUAAGAAAGGGCCAGAGUGUACAUCCGAGCGUCGUCCCGGCCUGUCCCUAAGCACUGGCUCUAUCAGAAGAUCACUCCUGGCCCACAAUGUUCUUGAAUGUGAGGCGGCCUGCUUCGAGGAGAGGGAGUUUAAAUGCGUCUCUUACAGUUAUCGGUACUCCAACUCCCAUGGUUCUGACAACUGCUUCCUCAGCGAGCGUCCUUACAGGGGACUCGACUUGGCCACAGACAGUGGAUCUGAUGUGUACGCAAUGCCACAGGACUGUGCUGUCUCCGUCUCACAUAAACCUUGGGUUGAGAGCGAAUGCUUCUGGCAUGUCCGAUCCGGAGUUGCAGUCUCAGAGACCAUUGCCAGAGCGGCAAUAACGGUGGGCGGUCUUGGUGCUUGCGAGGCUGAGUGCAUCAGAGCGCAGGGAUUCUUCUGUAGAGUAUUCAGCUUCAGGUUUUCCGCCCCAACAAUAGGCGAAGAGCUCCCCAACUGCAUCCUAACCACAUCGGCCCCCCCCUCCCUCUCCGCCGGGCGGGGGCUCCGCCCCUCCCUGGGACAUGAGCUGUACGCCAGGGGGAACUAUGGGAGGGGUUGCGAGCCGGCCCUGUUUGAUAACACUGCCGUUAGCGAGCCCAAGAAAGAAUGCUACCUCCAAUACGACAAUGCCGCUAAACUGAUAGGCUCUGCCAUUAAGGGCCACGCCAGGGUACGGGACGAGCAGUCCUGUGGAAUAGCCUGUACUGAUGCGCCUUUUAGAUGUCUCAGCUUUUCUUUCAACAACAUCGCUGCCCCCGGAGUGGACAACUGCCUACUCUCCGAGAUCCGGCUCUUCGACCUCCAGAAAGGCGUGGACUACGAGCACUCGACCGACGACUGGCUUUUCGCGUUUGAUCUGUUCAACGGACAGUGCUGGAGGAAGCUUCAUGGCCAGGAUUAUGAUGACCAUGCAGGAGAGCUGCCGAGGCCGCUAUUACCACCUGUCCACACUUAUCCGGGAGUAGACCGACCGGAUGCUAGUGGGCCCGGCUAUUUACCAGCUCCUGAAGUUCCACCGUACAUCUCUGGCCCACCAUCUGGCCCACCAUCCGGCCCACCAUCCGGCCCAUCCGGCCCAACAGGCCCAUACCGACCCGAAAAACCUUACAUAGACCCCGGCUUCAAACCGAGCUACCCUUACCCAGAACCUAGACCUGAAUACCCUAACUAUAAACCGUUUGAGCCCUAUCUUCCAUCUAGUCCCAGUGGGUCUGGGUAUCCUGGAUCUGGGUAUGAGAAGCCUGGAUAUCUGCCAGAAAGGCCUGGGUAUAGGCCUGAGGGUAGGCCGAUACGGCCUAUUGAAAGGCCUUAUCCUGGUGAGAAAGAAGUUGGACCUAUUGCGGUAUCCUGGAGCAAAUACACCGUGUCAGGGUUCCCGUGCCGUGCAGGGACUAGUUGUGCCCAGAACCACGUGGCUGGACAUUGGGCCUGCGAGCCAGAGGGGGGGGAAGUUGGAUCUUGGGACUACUGUUGUGCCUCAAGCCACCGGUGUGGAUACAGCGAAGGAUUUAGCAAGCCUUGGUGUUACGUUGGCCCAGAAAAAGACCAAUGGCGUCCAUGUAGUGAAAAAUACUACCCAUACCAUCAGCAUAAUGUACCACAUCCAUCCCAGGGUCACAGAGAGCCCCCUUCCCGCCUCCCAGGUAGACCGUGGUCCGGCAGACCGGGUUACUUUGCCGACGACAGAGACAAGCCUAUACUGGGCCCGUACAUGUCGGAGGCAGACAGAAAAUACUGGGACGAUUUGUACAAAGACGGUCCGAAGGCGUACUACGACCAAUAUGGGAAUCCUCUGCCUGGGUACACCCGCGUACCGGCAAUAACCCGGCCGCAUAUCAAGUACCACCACAACUACCCGCGCCCCGGCGGCGCCUGGGCGCCGCUGGCGCUUGAAGCCCCACAGGAACUGGACCCGCCGGUGCCUGGCGGUCUUGGGGUCCCAAGAUACUGGCCAGUUUCAUACCUGCACAAGGGUCCCCCGCCGAAUAUAACUUACUUUAAGUUUAAUGAAUCGACUCCAACUACUGAAAAACAUGGUUUCUACCCGGAGAGACCUGAAAGACCUAGACCCGAUAGGCCAAUCAGACCAAACGGAAUAGAUAGAAACGACAGACCAGACCCACCAAGAACAAAACCAGGCGAAUUUGUUAAAAUCAAUACUGAGCAACCAAAUAAUGAUCUAGAUAUAAAAAGCCAUAGGGACGAAAAGACAAGAAACAUUGACAAUAUUACUGAUAAUAUUCCAGACGAAAUGGAGAAAGCUAAAACAACUACGCCUAAAAUAGAAGUUAAACCUAAAGAGGAAUCGGAAGAAAUUCCAGUAAAAGACGUUAAAGUUAACAGUUCUGAUGUAGAAAUAGUUAAACCGGUCAUUGUUAGCAAAGAUAAUGAUAAGAUAAAAGGAAUCGAUGAUAAGCUAGAAGAUUUGACCGAAUCCAUCGAAGUUCUGGAUAUAGAAGACGCUAAAAAAGGUGAAAAGGAAUCAGAUUUGAAAACGUUAGAAGCAGAAGAAAAACAAAUUGAAGCUAUCGGUAGACUACUAGCUUCUCGGCGCGGCGGUCAGCUGAUUAUAGAAAAAAGAUCCCAAAAAGACUUGGAAUCUAAAAACAUAGCUGUUGAUAAAGACCUAGUCGAUUUCAACUUUGGUAAUCGAUUUCUUACAACUGAAAGGAGAGGUAUAAUUCAAAAAGUGACUAAAGAAGAGAUAGAAAGAGAGAAAAACAAUGAUAGGAGCUUGGAAGUGAGUGAGACAACAUUCGUGAGGCCACCAAGGGUAUUAAGCACAACAGAAAACAUAAGAAAAGCGAUUGUCAAUGGAAAAGUCUUCUACGAUGCUACAAUAAGAGAACAAAGAGACAUUUACAACAACGCUACAAGAAAACCUAGAAAUUUUAGACAUCUAGAGGAGAUUAGAGCACCGUCAGUUUUAAGCAGUAAUAACUAUGGCAAGAAAAAGACAAUUAAAGCAAGGAACGUAAAUCCUGUAAGAAGAGUUCGUAGGGUUUACAGAAAGAGGUAUAAUCCAGAGGAAGUGAGAAAGAGAUUGUUGGAAAGAGAGAAAAGUUUGAAAGAGGCUAAAGAAGUAAAAGCGUAAUCAUUCAAAUAGAUAAUAAGAUAUC